AUGAGAAGAGAUAAACGCUAUGCAACUCGAAGUGUCCAGCCAGCCCAAUCUGGCCCUUCUGCUAAGGUCAGCUGCACUCCACCUCAAGCAAGGUCCUUACCUGUUCGACCAGAACGAGGGAACAGGCUACCUUUACCCAAAACCUCACAGCACGGCGUGAAUGAUGAGUCUCCAGACACUGACCAUUCGGAUGAUUUACUUAAACCAGGCAGGUCCAGAGUAAGGAAAAAUACAAGCGGAAAUGUGGACCGACCUCGGCAAAGUAUCAGGCUACGAAAGUUUGACAAUGUCAAGGUGCAGGAAAAUGGAAACCUUGAAGACAACAUGCUUACUUCUCAGCCUCAUUCAUACAUUGACUGUGAGGGUGAUGGGCAUGGGAAGUGGAAGCAACCUGUGGACUUACAGUCAGGGACCCCCUUGAUAAAAAUGGAAUGCCCUGAGGAGAUUACUGCCUCUGUUCCUGAGAACCAUGUUUGUCCCAAGAAGGCAUUAUUUACUGCUAGUGGAACAGAUUACAUCAGUAAUGGGAACGUGACCUCUUCUCGACAGAUCAAAGUGAGCGCAGAAGGGUGGCAGGGCCAUCCAUGCCAAGCAGGUUCUAAUGGCCACCUCAGUAACUCUGGUGAUGGCCAAGUAUUAAGUCAGUUGUCAUUAAGCAUGACAAGCUCUGUAAGUGCCAGUGCAGAGACUCUAUAUAGUAAUUAUACUGCAAGGAAUCUACGAUGCCAGGAGGAAGAUGUUGUUUCCAAGAUGGGGGUAAAUGACAGGAGUGUCUGCAAGAGGAACCGGCCAUUGUCACAUGUGAACCAGAGUGAAGAUAGCAAACCAAGGGAGAAGAGGAGCAUUGGGAAGAUGGAGAAGAUUGCAUGCCUACCAUCCUCCAUAUCACAUGAUGCUGGUUCAGGGUUGCUUGAUGAACAGACAGAAAACUGCAUUGUGGUCAAGACUGACAUUGCAAAUGAGCAUCAUUUAGCCUGUGAGAGGAAUCCACCUCGGCAAAGCCAAGUGCCACUUCGAAACCACACUUCCAGCUACAAGUUUCACUCCUUGAGAACUGAUAGUUGCAACUCAGGGCCUACUUCCCGUGAUCUCUCUUCCAGUUCUGUGAUCAAAGAACCUGCACCACUUAGUGUUCUCUCACGACCAGAGAAGGCAUCAUCCGAGAAGAAAAAACUUAAUGCUUUUGUAAGUGAUGAGCUGGAUAAGUAUCUUGCUCAAGAAAUUGGUAAUUAUGCGAUAUCCCCACAGAAAAUAAGCUUAUCCAAUAAUGAUAGUUCUCCCAGCAGCAAUAAGAUCAACUGUGAAGAGAAUAAAAAAGUUGUUUCAAAAAAAUUGUCCCUUUCACCUAAAAAGAUUUUCUGUGAUAAAAGCUUAACUUUGAGUAAGAAUGAACAGUCUGAUUUUAACAGCGCAGCGAAAACAACGACAGUAGCAUAUAAUACAAGGAGCAACAGUUCUUUAAAUAAUAGCAUGAGCCCAGAGAAAAAUGACAACCAAACUGGUAAUUCAUCUGUUUCUUUGAACAUGAUGCAAAUAUUCCCAAAAGUUGAUCCUGAUGCUGCUUCCUCAAAGAUAUCUGAGAAGCAAAUGUAUACUGUCUGUAAAACAGAACCAGUCCCAAGCCCAACUCCUGCUUCCAGUGACUGCCAAAACCUAAGAAUCCUGAGACCAAGGCCAGAGCAAUUGGCAGCUCGGUUAAAUAGACCUGGCUCAAGUUAUUCCAACAGCAGUAUCUUCACAAGUAACUCUCAAUCCUAUGAGCCUGAUUUUGAUGAGAUUGAUGGUAUUCUUUUCAUGUCUUUCCCAAAUGUAGAAUCUCUGCAGGCGCACAUUGCUGUAGAACGGAAAUCCAAAUGGGAGAGUGCUCCAAGCCACAUGUCAAGUAUUUCUAAAGUACUCAAUUUCAAUCGUUGGAAAGAAAGGCAUAAGGCAAUGAAGCUACCACGCCCGGCAUUUGAUAAAAGCAACAACCUCCGUGGCUUGCACAUGCGCAUGAAGAUGUACUACAAGCUACUGCGAUCCGAAUGGCACAAAAUCAAACAAAGGAAUCAACACCGUAGUCGCUAUGGCUUCAAAAAGACCAAUGAUUUUUCUAAGAUCAAGAGCUGGCAGGCCAGGUUGAACAAAAACCUGGAGAGUAAGAGGAAUUCACAAAAACUCCACUGGCGAACACAGGACCGACUUGCUCGUAGUCUGAAGCCAGACGAAAUCCGACAUAUGGGCAUUGUAAAGAAACGGAGAAAAAAUUUUAUUUUCACUCAUCGCAAAGGCUGCAAACGUGAAGAUGAAGAAUUGGAAAAUAGUUGUAUACCUACUGAUGAUCCAGGUCAGACGGUUAAUGAGAGAAAGAAGCAAAAUAGUCCAACUAGCCAUAAUAUUGUAAAUAAUGUGAAAGGACCAGUGUCUGAGACAAAUUCCGACAGUGAUUGUCAUAAUGUUGUGAAAUCUGCUCACUUAUUGUACCAAUCGGAUGAAAUUAAUGUAAUCAAGAAACUUGGAGGUUGUGACCCCAGUGACUAUGCUAUGCGGAAGAGGACGAGGAGUCAAGUUGAACUGGAAAACCUUCACAGAAGGAGCAAAAACUUAGCUCCCAUAGCUCUAGAUUGGCUAACACAUAAUAUGGCUCAGGUGGCCAUGACAGCUCUUCAUGAUGAUUUUAAGAAAAAGAGCCCUACAGCUGGAAGAAAUGUCUCAAGUGUUAAUUCUGAAGGCAAACAUAAUACAGAUACGUUCAUACAGGUAGACUCUAAGAUGACUAUGGUUAAGAGGAGUGAAGCAUCAUUGCCCUCCCUUUUUGAAUCCCCCAAAUCGGCACCACUCAAUAGCCCCACUCCAAGCUCUGCUGUUCGGCUGUGCAAAACAAGUGAUGAGGAGUUGGCCAAAGAGACGGCUCGCAUCCUCCUUGCUCGGCAGAAGCUGAAAGCCAAAGAUGAAAAAUGUAAUAAACCAGGUUGCCGGUAUGGCUGUAUCUGUCAUUUAUGUUGGAUUUCGGAGAACUUUGAAGACUCCAGCAAGACUAGUGCAAUUUGUACAAAGACCUGUGAUAAGGAAUACUGCCGCCUCGGCUGCAUCUGUGAUAGUAAUGAUAAUAUAAAACGUGAAAAUAUGUGCGAUGAGCAAACGUGCAGUCUAGAAUGUUGCCGAUGCUCUGAACACAAGCAUGUAAACUCAGAGUCUAGCAAAAAGAAAGCAAGCUUGAAGCAGACCCUACCAACUCCCUCAGAUGUGGUAACCAUUUCUCCAGAGAAACUUACAAAUAACCAGGAACCUGGGUCUUCUCCGGAAGUGAUUAUCAAAUCUAAUGGCACUGACAUUGUUGGUUCUCUCUCACUUAAAAAUGAUGACUACAAUACUGACAAGGUGAUCAACAAGAAGAGUGAUGUCUGUGCAGAAAAAGUGAAACGUCAGAGGAAGGAUAGGCCUGCAUCACAGCCAAAGAGGGAAACUGCACAUCGAGAUGUGAAAAAUUUAGAUGCUUCCAGCCGAAAACCCUUGACUACUGAAGGCAGUGAAAUGUACCAAGCAAAGAAAAAGCGGAAGCUUAUUUCUGUUGGCUUUGAUGGAAAUUCCUCCAAAGUUAAUUUUACAAAGGUUAGCCAGUUACAGACCAAGUUUUCCUCUGCAUAUAUGGAAGAUGAAAAAGAUAAUUCUAAAACUGGUCCACCUCCUAAUUCCAUUAAAAGGUUGUGUCCUCUAAAAGAUGAUUGCCGUCAACCAUUAGAGCAAUGCUAUGUCAACUGUAGCUGGUUUCCUGCAAAUACUUUUGACAAUUGUGUUGUUGAGAUUGAUAGACUUGGAUCGCCACAACAGAUGCGACAGCUUGGGUGCAUGUCUGUAGACUGUUUCCCUCAAUCCCCAAAGGUCCGCACGCCACAACAGAUGGAGGAAAACAAUAGCAGCAGCAGUAGUGUUACAAAUGCAAAUAACAGCAAUAGGCAUACAGACUGCAUAAAAUGUGAACUUGUUGACUUGUCUCCCAUCAAAGUGAAGCCAUCUGUGGAGGUCAUGUCUCCUCCAGUUGCCAAGGUGUCAGACUCCUCGUCUCCACAAAUUAAAUCAAAUUCUAUAAGUCCGCCUAGGUUACUGGGAGAGGUUGCAAACUCUGAGAAAUGGAGUUGUCCAUUAGUAGACCUGACAGAUGUGUCAGCAGAAGAUCCUGCUGAGAGUCAUUGUGUUAACAAAGAUUGGCAAGUGAAAAUGAUUUGCCUUAAGGCAAAACAGGACGGGGGUCCGUCCACACAAAACAUGGAGGAGGGCUAUCAGUUGUUGGAGUUCAUUUCUAACUGCAACUGGGACUCUCACAGCUCUGACGUUAUCUGUCAGGUCUCUCUGUGUUGCCAACCUGGUAAAUACCCAGACCCUCAAAAGAUGGCUGUUGGCAACUUUGAUGUGGAAAUCUUACCCAAGUCAGACAAAGCCCCCAAUGUACCAGCUCAGUUGCAGUCGGAAAUUUUCUGCUGCCCAUACAACAUUCGAGUAAAGGUCACUGACAGAACAAAGGCUACUGGAUGUGGCGAGAAAGUGGAACCAUUGUUGGAUGGUUGCUCAUAUGUUGGGAUCUCUUCUGUUAGACCAAUACGAAAUAACAACCUGUUGGAUAUUAAAAGUAUGCCUCUCACAGCGACACUUCAGGAUAUUAAUUACCAAUGCCAAGAAGAUAAUGAACAAAAUGCAAUACCAAAUGAAGCAAAGAAUGUUGUUGGUGAAAUUGAAGUGCUUGAAAUUCAUCCUCCUUUAGACUCUGCCAAAAUGCCUGCUCGAGCACUCGUUCUUGACUUAUCUCCUGAAAAUCAAAAGCCUUUGCAAGAAGAACAAGUCAAAAUAGUGACUGACUUGUCAGCUUGUGAUUUGCAAUCAGAGAAACUGGCAAAAGCAGGCAAGCAGGAAAGUAACAGUGUAGAAGAAAUUGGUUCCCAACCAUCCUCUGAGAAUUUGGCAGCAACAGAUUUAGAAUUCAAAUCAAAGGGUUCAUCAUCAUGUGAGGAGGAAGAAGAGGAGAUGAAAACCACUGCUGAUACUCCCACAAAUGUCAGGGUGAGCCGACAACGUUCGAAAGAGAAAACUGCAGUUGUGGUACGUGAUUGGCCAUUGAGAUCAAAGUUAGGCAAGGCUGUAAAGCAGGAGUUGUCUGUGGCAGAUCUUGAACUGAAAAAAAGCCCAACUAAAUCAGCAAAAAUCUCCGAUUCCGAAGAUGAGGACAGGAAUAUGGUGAUCCAAGAACCUUUUGAAAAUACUAUAAAAGAAGAAGAUGCCAAGAAUAUUUCUUUUAAUUUCACAACAAAAUUGAUGAGAACAAGAAGUGAUAUCAGGAAGAACAAAUCAAGAAAUUGUGAUUCUCCUCAACACUUCCUAAAUGAUUCAAUAGAAAGCAAAAUCAACUUGACUUCCAAUUGCUCAAUACAAAAUCUAAAACCACCUGAUGAUGAACUUGGUAGCCUAAAAUCCUUAACAGAAAAGACACAAAUUAUGCAAUCCUUUAGGAAGAUCCUACCUGCUCCUCCUUUAAAUGGUGGCUUCUUUGUAACUUCAUCACAGCCUGGAGUUGGUUCCAUCUGCCUUGGCCAUUUACAAAGUUGUUCUCUGGUUCACACUGAUCUUAACAGCUUCACUUCUGUUCCCCACAGCCAUGCUGCUUGUUCUACUUACCCAAAUGCCUAUAGAGUGGGUAAUGUUCCUGCUAAUCAGUUUCUGCAAUUGGUGCCAGUGCCUGUCCCAGUUCCUGUACCUGUUCCAGUCUCUUUUUCUGUGGCACCAGACCAAUCUGUUGUGAACACAAGUGUCACCAUUCCUGUCAUCAACAGUAGUUGCUACAGCAACAGUAGAACAACCACUUGUAACACAAGCCCCAGCAGCAGUUCUAAUUUGAAGACAGAUGCCACUUGCUGUAGUUCUUGUUGUUCAAGCUUACCAGUCACCCCCAGCAAGAAUGGCUCAUGUAUAGCUGGAACAAAUAGUAAUAGUGGUUGUAAUAUAAAAUUUGGCAACAAUGGUAACAAACUUGUAAAUGGAUCCCAAUCAUCACCAGUUCCUAAACCAGGUCACAUCUUGGUGUCUCAGGGUCAGAACAAUGCAAUUCUUGUUCCUUACAAUACAUUUAUGAAAAAUAAUGCUAAUGUUGAUGGUCAGGAGCAUUGUGCUGAUACAUGUCUCUUUGCAGACAAACCAUCUCCCCAAAAAUGUGUAGGCUUGAAGGAAGUUAAAGCGGUACCUACAUGUGUGGUACCCAACACUGACAACGAAUUAAACUGCCAAGAUGCCACAAGCUCCAUUCAGACAAGUGUGGUUGCCUCUUCUAAGGAGAGUGUACCACACCAGCAGCAACAGUCAAGUCAGGAUGAUAAUGAGGUGUGCACAGUUUCCUCUCAGAAUUCUAAGCACGAAGAGAUUGAAAAGAAAUCAUGUGCUAUAGAAUCUCAAAUGAAAGAAGAGCCAGUUGAAACAGUUAAUUGUUCAUCUUUGCAGUCAGGAUUGAACUUUGACUUUAGACUAGAUCCAAUUGAAGAUGAUGAUUUUGAUGAUGAUGAUGACCUGGUUGAAGUGAACAAUUUGGGCCAAUCAGGAAAAGAGCGUCGCAAUAAAUAUCAGCUCUCUGUACAUAAAACAAGAGAACGUGAACGACGUUGUAACAUCUUCAAUGGCAUAAACUUUCUACAGGAAGUUUUGUGUGAAAAUGAGCACAUCCAAUUUAUUUCUCAGAGAAGGGUUCUGGAUUUUGCAACUGAUCAUAUAAAAUCUCUGCAACUUAGUGAAGAGAAACUAAUUGCAGAGAAAUCGUCAAUGGUCAAAAUAAACCAUCAACUCUGGGGACAACUGAAUAAAGUAAAAGAAGAAUUAAUAUUGCAAAAUGUAACAGAAUGUGAACUGAACAAUAUCCUGGAUGAAUUGGGACUCCCUUUUGACAUGUACUUGCCCCAAGUAAUGGACAGUACAAAAGUGGAAGAUGAUGCUGGAUCUCCAUUGAAACUUCUACCUGCUGUUGAUAGCUAUGAAGCGUCCGAUGUUGAAUCAAAGGAUCAUUCAGAUGUUGAAAAUGAGAUGGACGUAAACUUGGUAUCAUCGUCACUGCCCCCACAAUCUCCAGCUUCUUCAGGUCCCUUAAAUGAGGUGCACAGCAGUAACGAAGACACCAUCCUCAUGUCCCCGUCCAUGUCAAGACGAGGUUCUUUUUUUUUUUUUCUUCUCUCUCUCUCCAACAGCAGUUUGUCUAUUUUCCUCUCGCCUGACUGA